UAAAUUUACACACUCCAACAAAUUAAUUCAUUAAUGGCAAAUCGAGAAACUUAACAGGUGCAACGCGUAAACAAAUCUGCGUUUGAAUUCUACGAAUUAACGCUGUCGCCAUGUAAAAACCCAUCGCCACAAGCAUUAUAACAGUAAUAAAAAUAAUGCCAUCAGUUGUGUCCAAGUGAAUGUAUAAAUGGAAACUUGCUAAUUUUUGGCCCCAAAUUAAUGCAUCCAUGUCGCGUUUUGUUUUCUGUUUUUAGUUUAGUGUGCCUAGGUAGUGCCGAAACAUGAAAAGAUUGCUUACAUUUUUACUGUUAGUUUUUGUGCUAAAAUUAAGUUUGGUUGAUGGGGCCCCCCCAAUGAAAAAAAGAGCAUCUCUGGAAAGUUUGGAAUUUAUGAAGAAGUAUGGAUACCUUAACUCAGAUAGCGAAUCAGCAUCCCUCUACACAGACAAAGGUCUCGACAAGGCGCUCAAAUUGGUGCAAAAAUAUGGCAAUAUACCAGAAACUGGACUCUUGGAUAAUGCUACCAUCAAACUUAUGUCUGCACCUAGAUGUGGCUUACCAGACAUCGUAAGAGAUGGCAAUAGACAAAAAAGAUUCGUUUUGGCCUCAAAAGGAUGGGAUAAAAGGCAUCUCACUUAUUCUGUAUCCAAUUGGUCACCACGUUUGGGUGAAGGCACUGUAAUAAGAAACAUCCAAAAAGCUUUGGAUAUCUGGGGUCAGUAUGGCCAUUUAAAAUUCACCAGAGUAGGGGGUCCUGACGCAGAUAUUAUAGUGAAGUUUGGAAGGGGGUACCAUGAUGACAUGUUUCCUUUUGAUGGAGAAGGAUCUGUUUUGGCCCAUGCAUUCUUUCCAAACAGCGGAAUAGGUGGCGACAUACAUUUUGAUGACGAUGAGAAAUGGGCAGAUUUAACCAAUGGUGAGGGUAAUGCUAACCAAGAUGGUACUGAUUUCUUUUCUGUGGCUCUACACGAAUUAGGCCACUCUCUGGGCUUACAACAUUCUCCUGUAGCAAGUUCGGUAAUGUUUGCUUACUAUAAAGGUUUCGAUAAUAGUUCUAGUAAUUUUUUGGAUUAUGAUGAUAUUUUGGGAAUGUACGAACUAUACAUAAGACGACCAAUUAAUGACGUAGAUCCUUAUCAAAACCGUGAUACCAGUGAGGUAACCACCCGAAGAGCCUAUUAUCCAAACGAAAAAACCACAAGAAAAACGUAUUAUACUGAAAGACAUCGCCCACAGACUACAACGCGUUACUAUACCCCACCAACCACACGAAAAACAACAACAAGGGUAACUACUCCAUACACUCACCCCACCAGAAGGAAUCAUCACCACACCACUCCAAAGCACCCCAGAAAGGAGGGCAACAGCGUGAACUACGAAGGCGACGUUGAAGAUGUCGACGAUCACUUAAAACACGAUUCGAAACUGCACUUUCCAGCCACCAAAUCACCUGUUUUGAAUAUAUGCGAUGGAAAAUUCGACUCUGUUGCCUCCCUCAGAGGGGAGUUUUUUAUUUUUAAAGGAAAUCAUAUUUGGAGACUGAAGAGGAUGGGCUAUGUAGAACCGGGUUACCCGGUAACCUUGAGAGACAUGUUUCCUACUUUACCUAAAUAUAUCCAAAAAAUUGACGCUGCUUAUCAAAGACCCGACGGAAUGAUGGUGCUAUUCACAGAUAAUAUGUAUUGGGUCCACGAUGGAGGUAAAUUUAUAGAAAAUAGUCCUAGACCAAUCAGUGACUACGGCUUGCCGAAUAGUUUGGAUAAAAUUGACGCUGUCUUUAAUUGGAUAAGGAAUGAUAAAACCUACCUGUACAAAAACGAUCGUUUCUGGAGAUACAACGAAUCCACAAGGGCUUUAGACAAAGGGUAUCCACUGUCCAUGGAAAGAUGGAGGGGUGUACCAAGCCAUCUAGAUGCAGUAACAAGCUGGAAUGGGGAGACUUACUUUUUCAAGGACAGAUCGUUUUGGAAGGUCGACACUGAGACCAUAAAUAUAACGGGAGAUUCGCCAUUAAACAUUGGCCAUAUUUUGUAUGAAUGUAGACGAUAAUUUUAAAUCAAAUGUGAUAAAUUACUGCCAUUUAUGUAGGUUAAAUUUAGGAUUGUUAAAGAAGGAAAAUAUUCUUUAAGUAAAAAAUAAAUUUAUAUUAAUACAGUAUUUAUUUUCUAAACUAAACUAAAAAAGCAGUUCUACCAAGGCAAUUUAUCACCACCAUAGUCGUGGAAAUCUCCAUUGUGGGUGUUAUUUAAGUUUUUCACAAACUUCAUAAUUUGAUCUAUACUAUCUUCAACCGAUAGAGCUGCUCUGGGUCCGCCCAUGUCAGUUUUAACCCAUCCUGGAUGAAUGCAAGUGACCAAUAUACAAUUUUGAUUAAGCUCAAUACUUAAGGACCUCGUAAAAAUAUUGAGACCAGCCUACAACGAAUGUCUUUAAGUAAUAUUUUUGAAUUAA